AUGGAGAGCAUAAUUCACAUAGAGUCAAUACGCGACGCUCUCGUCAAUAUGCUGUCGGACAACACAGCGGAGGCUCGUUUGACAACUUACCAAAAGAUUACUAAGGAGCAUAUACCUCACUUGUCAAAUGGCAGUGUAGUCCUUGAUAUCAUUUGGUGUCUGGAUGCCGAAUUGGCUGAGGGUUCUGUGGCCGUAAAGGAUCUUGAGGCAACCAGAAAGAAUUUGGCAAGUUUUGUAAGUUUGGUGAAGGCCAAAGGUCUUUUCUCCGUUGAGCUUAUAAAGAAAAGACUCGAUUUCAGAUGCCUCGAACUCGCAGGAGUUAUAGAUUCUGAGAAAGCAUUUUUCCAAAAGUCUAUAAGGAUAAACACCCAAGUGGUGUAUCGCCAACAAAAAUACAACCUUCUUCAUGAAGAAUCGGAAGGCUACAGUAAAGUAUUGGCCCUCCUCGCCUCUCUCACAUCCCCUCGCGUUUCUGUCAUCCUCGAUUACCUCCGCAGCUUUAUUGGGUACUUUGCCUUGGAUCCCGCUCGAGUACUCGACAUAAUACUCGACUUAUUUAUUCAUUCCCCGCAUCGGUACGAAUUUUUCCUGAAUCUCAUCCGAGAAUCAGAUUGGAAUCCUAUCUCGGUCGAUGAAGAUAGGGACCUGGAGAUGACUGGAAUAGGUGAAGAUGGAAAUUCGGACAUUGCAGAUUUGUUGGGACAUAAAUUUAAACAAUAUAGGAACGAGGAUUUCGACGAGACUGCGCCAAAAGAGUUGUAUCUGGUAUCAGCUAUAUUAAUAAGGGAGGGUAUUAUUAAAUUAGAACAUUUAUAUGGACAUUUGGUUACUAAAGAACAUGAGCAAGAAAUUAAGCUUGCUUGCGCAUUGCUGGAUACAUGCGACAUUGAUCACGCAAAAUUGGUGAUAUACAAUUUAGAGACAUUGGACGAUGCAAUAACUGAUAGACUAUGUUCAAUAGUACACUUGGCUAUUAAUGAUCUUUACAAUCGAGAAUGUCGAAUUGGACAAGAAGCUUCCAAGGAACAAGAUAUUGUAAAAGGCACCACUUUUUAUCUCACUUACAAACCAUGGAGGUCUGGUCUUCCUAAGUGGACUGUUUUAACGGACAUUUUAUCUCAGUCAACACAAGAAUACAUUCGUUUAAUAGGAAGCGGCUUUUCAAGAGAUUUAUUAUUAUUUACAAAAUUAUUAAGACUUGCAAAGAGACAUCUUAUUGUCCUACAAAAAGACAAUUCACCUGAUAAGCAGGUCAAAGUUUCCACAUGGAUCGAUACCGUUCGUACGGCAUUGCUUCCAAGUAUAACUGUUGGUGAACUGAAUCCCGGCACAGCUGACGAUGUCUGGGAAGUAUUGUUGUCGUUUCCAUACGAGAUAAGAUACAAGCUAUAUAAAGAAUGGAGAGAUAGCGUCUACGAUCCCGAUAAGAAGGUGUACAAGAAGCGUCUGGAGACUAGGAAAACAAUACGUCAGGUGAUGAAACGUAUUACGUCCCAGAACGCUAAAGAAAAAGGAAGAGAAAUCGGGAAGACGUCGCAUGGUGAUCCAGUAACAGUGUUGGCGGUUGUCAUUGAACAGAUACAAUGGUAUCAGAAUAUGAUACCUGCACUAGUGGAGGCAAGCAAAUAUUUGACCUCGCUUAGCUACGAUGUCAUGACGUUUUUGAUAUUGGAAGCUUUCACAAACAAUAAGAAGCAAAAGAUGAAAGAGACCGGAGAGAAUUAUGAGGACUGGUUUAAAAACCUGGCAGAAUUCUGCGGAGACAUGGCUCGCCGGUAUUCAAAUCUCGAUAUAAGAAGUAUCCUUGACUAUGUAGCUGUCCGUCUUUCAAACCCAACGGAACCAGACCUCCCUGUACUGAGUGAACUUAUAUCAGGAAUGAGUGGCGUUAAAAACGAUAAGGACCUUCUUGAUGAUGACUUGCCAUAUUUAGGAGCACACGAGACACUUCGUAAAGAGCGUAUCCAUUUGAAAAUCAAAGAUAAAAGCAUCCGACGAAGCUCUGCUCGAUUGGUAACUGCACUCGUCGAUAGCGGUUUGGCCAUUUCAAUAGCAAUAUCGCUAGCUCAACUCAAGAAAGCAAUAAUUUAUGGUGAAAAGCAUACCGACCUGAAGCUGUUAAAUAAUAACAUUGAUGAAUGCCAGGAAACAUUAACUCAAUAUUUAGAAUUUCUCGGUUUGAAUAUCGACUCGAAAUCCUAUUCAUCCAUUGUACCAACCGUUAAGGAGCUAUGUUUGGACCACGGAAUCGAUCCAGAAGAGGCACUUGCAAUCGUACGAAGGAAGUUAUCACAUAUAGUCGAAAAAGGAGGACCGUCCACACCAAAACAAACUGACGAUGAAGAAGCUCCAGUUAGUGUCUGGCAGCAGGAACUCACCGAGACAAUAAGCGACGUCGAGCAAAUCUUACCUUCGCACGUAUGGCGAGGAAUAUCAGCUGGAUUUUACACUACUUUUUGGCAACUAUCUCUCUAUGAAAUCUCCUAUAGAAAAAGCAUAUACAGCACAUUUGUUCAGAAAGCGACCGAAACAGCAAAGAAUUUCAAAUCAGAUAUUGUGAUCGGAAUGCGUGAGGAACACGAGAGGCACGUCUCUCGAAUAAAAGCGCGUCUCAAUCAGGAAAAGCGUCAAUGGUUCACCGAGAAUCGUUCAGAUGUGAUUGCUACAUUCUGGCAAUAUUGCAUGUUCCCAAGGAUAUUAUUCUCUGCUGAAGACGCGAUAUUUUGCGCACGAUUUUUGGAACUUAUUCAAGAGAUUGGAGCAGACAAUUUUACUGCUCGUCUGUUCUACUCUGAAGUUUUGAGUCACGAACGCUUACCAGAGGUUAUUCCAAAUUUAACGGAAGAGGAAUCGAAACAUUAUGGUCGCUUCCUUGCAUGUAUAUUGGAAUAUCUCACAUAUAUUAGCAAAGACGAACGGAGAUACAGAGAUAAACUCCUCGGAAUCGGACAAGCCGAUUUCAAACCAGCAUGGCUACAAAAUGUUGGCGGUCCUGCGACAACUUUUGAUCAAUUUGUCAGAAUACUCGAGAACCAUCGCAAGCGUCUCAUGAUAUCGUUUAAGAAGUGCUUGAAAUCGAGUGAAUCGACUAAAAUACGCAACGCGAUUCAAAUUCUCCGUGCAAUCAGUGAUCAAUUCCCAGCUAGCCGCGACCAUAGUCAGAGGCUACUUGAGUUGAUUCAAGUAAUCGAGUCCGAUUCUCGACCAGACAUCAAAACGCUUGCGUCGUCAUACAAAGCUAUAUUAAUAAGAGGGCAGAAAAAUCUCAGCAAUGAUUCACGCGCUACUCAAUCUUCCAAACCGAUUGAAGCCUCUAGUGUAAGUCGGGUGUCUGCAUCUAAUACACCCAUAGAACGUGUAGCAAGUCCACGUCGGCAGAUUCACCCUCUCCCCGACAAGCCUAAAAACGACAAACCUCGCAGUAAUCGCGAUAAAGAGAAAGUGGAUCCCAUUUAUGAUCGCGAUAAAGACAAAGAUCCGCGUAAAGAACACCACGAUUCCCAUAAAAAACCUCCGAAUGAUCAUCUGCCUCGUGAUAAAGAGUUCGAAAAGGACCGUAGUGAUCGUCCCAAGAUCGAGCGCAAAGAUCGAGAGAACGGGAAAAACGUGAAGAACGUCGUGACGACCGUCGUGAGGAGAGAAGAGACGAGAGAAGAGAUGAAAGACGAGAAGAGAGACGAGACGAAAGGAGAGAAACCCAUCGUGAUGAUCGACAGAGAGUCGGAGAGAGAGAGGCACAGAGAUAAUGGUAGGAGGCGGCACAUGGAUGAUUCAAGGAGGGUUGUCUCGGUUGCACCAUCUAGGCCUAACUUGCGUAGGCCUGUCAGUAGUGGAGGGAGUACUAAUAAUGGAACUAUUAAAAGAGAUAGGGAUGAUGAUGACGGAAUAGACCCUAAUCCCAAGAAGAUAAAACCUAUGCCUGCUCCACCAUUGCGUACGUCGCUUAGGGUACAUGGACGGACUUUGAGGAAAGGCUGA